AUGGGGAAACGCAAGCAGGAUCUUGGUGAUGUGCCCAUGGGUGGUACAAAGGAUGAUGAGUCGUCUGACGAUGACACUGACAUGAUCAAUGUCGACUUUGAAUGGUUUGACCCGCAACCUGCGAUCGACUUUCACGGCAUUAAGAACCUCCUUCGUCAGUUAUUCGACAAUGAUGCUCAGAUCUUCGACUUGUCAGCCCUCUCUGAUUUGAUCCUAUCGCAACCGCUGCUCGGAUCGACGGUGAAGACCGAUGGCAACGAGUCGGACCCGUACGCUUUCUUGUCUGUUCUGAACCUGCAGGAGCACAAGGACAAGCCUGUCGUACAGCAAUUGAUCAAAUAUAUCACGUCAAAAGCUUCCGGCAACCCCUCCCUCUCGGCCAUCAAUGAGCUCGUCUCCCAGGACCCCAUUGGCCCUAUUGGUCUGAUCCUGACUGAGCGAGUCAUCAAUAUGCCAUCCCAGGUCAUCCCGCCUAUGUACAACAUGCUCUUGGAGGAGAUUGCUUGGGCAAUUCAGGACAAGGAGCCCUAUAACUUCUCGCACUACCUCAUCAUCUCCAAGGGCUACGAGGAGAUCGAAUCGAAGCUGGAUCUUGAGGAAUCCCGUCCACAGAAGAAGACCAAAAAGGGUGGUGCCGCCGCCCAGCGGUUCUUCUUCCACCCCGAGGACGAGGUGCUGCAGCGCCAUGCGCUUUGCUUUGGCUCAUACGAGUUCACUCACAAGCAGGACGACGGCCACUCGGACUCUAAGCGUGCAUUCCAGGACCUUGGUAUUAUCACCAACGGAAGCAUGAUGUUGAUCGACGCGGCCAAGUUCGAGCCUACAGUCAAGGCUGUGCAGGAGUACCUGCAGUAA